AGGGCUUAUUCAUUACGCAUAUUCUGUUGCAAAACGGUUCUUAAACAGAAGCAAACUGAAUUAAGCGGGGCCGAACAACCUGCAUUUGUCCAAUAGCAACUAUUGGUUUCGUUGCAAAACGCACCUGUUUUGACUGACGAUUACCCUGGACUGUAAAAGACUGGAGACGCACUGCAACUCUAACAAGCGAGUUCAAAGCACAUCAAAUUUCAGGUGCAAAACUGGGCAAGCCACGACUCAUAUCAUGAUAUAGAAUGAGGUUGCAUUGACCCUGCUAGUACUAGCUCAGUAGCCUAGCAUCGAGGUGGAGGCUGGGUCACAGUGAUCAGUAACCCGGCUAGGAGGCUCGACUCCAGGCUAGUCAGCCUGCCAGCGGAGGGAGGGGACCUGGUCCUGGAAUGGCCUGGUGAGCUGCACCGCCUAGCAGCAGAGGAAGGUUUGUGAUGAGCGGGAAGAGCCUGCUGUUAAAGGUGAUCCUGCUGGGGGACGGCGGCGUGGGAAAGUCUUCCUUAAUGAACCGCUACGUCACGGACCGCUUCGACUCCCAGUCCUUCCACACCAUCGGGGUCGAGUUCCUCAACAGAGACCUGGAGGUGGACGGGCGCCUGGUGACCCUUCAGAUCUGGGACACGGCUGGUCAGGAGCGCUUCAAGUCCCUGAGGACGCCGUUCUACCGUGGCGCCGACUGCUGCCUCCUCACCUUCGCUGUAGACGACCUGCACAGCUUCCAGAACCUGGCCAGCUGGAAGAAAGAGUUCAUGUUUUACUCUGACGUACGAGACCCAGAGAGGUUCCCCUUCGUUGUCCUGGGCAACAAGGUGGACAAAGAGGGGAGGGAGGUGGGGGAGGACGAGGCUCAGGCCUGGUGCGAGGAGAACGGCUGUUGUCCCUACUUCGAGACCAGUGCAAAGGACGAUACGAACGUGGGAGUGGCGUUUGAGGCAGCGGUACUGGAGGUUCUGGCGGCGGAGGAUCAGAUCGACCACACAUUGUUGAGUAGCACUAUCGAUCUCCACGGCAACCGUAAAGUACCGCGCUCUUCUUGCUGCUGAUUGGUUGAAAGGAUUGGUCGGAGCUAGCCCCUCCCUGAGUCCUCUCUGUCUAGCCUGUAGCACUCUGGGAGCUCUCCACUGAUGAUGAUGAUGCAGGUACAAGCUACUGAGACAACUUGAUUAUCAACACAGCUGAUUUUAAAUAGUGUUGUGUUGUUGGUACAGACUGAUUUGGAAGAGUGUUGGAUAAUCAACACAUCUGAUUUUGAAAGGUUAUCAAUGAGGGACAAUGUAACAGGUACACCGUGUUGUUCAACUCUGUCUGUGUUCUGCAGUAUAUCACAAAACUGCUGUCUACAUCCAGCCAGCUUCAGCUUCAUGUACCUGCCCUGUGUAGUGUUUUCAACAUUUAGACUUAUCCCUCCUACAUAAGUCAUUUUAAUCAGAUAAUAUUCAUGAGUCCUUUCUGUACUCCUCUCCAAGAGCACAGGCUGCUUGUGGCACAGCAACAUGCUCAUUCAUUCAUCUCUUUAAGUCUUCUAAGGUCUCAGAGGUACUCUGACCAGAACAUGACCAUCACGUGGUCAGAUCUCACAGAUACUCUGACCAGAACAUGACCAUCACGCAGUCAGAUCUCACAGAUACUCUGACCAGAACAUGACCAUCACGCGGUCAGAUCUCACAGAUACUCUGACCAGAACAUGACCAUCACGCGGUCAGAUCUCACAGAUACUCUGACCAGAACAUGACCAUCACGCUGUCAGAUCUCACAGAUACUCUGACCAGAACAUGACCAUCACCCUGUCAGAUCUCACAGAUACUCUGACCAGAACAUGACCAUCACGCGGUCAGAUCUCACAGAUACUCUGACCAGAACAUGACCAUCACGCGGUCAGAUCUCACAGAUACUCUGACCAGAACAUGACCAUCACGCGGUCAGAUCUCACAGAUACUCUGACCAGAA